AACUCUCUUUCACUUACUGAAGGAAAUGGGAUUCAGACAUACCCUACGUGACGACAAAUUAUAUUUCUAUGAACGUAGAGACAUUAUGGAGCAGCGCCAUAAUUACCUCAAAAAAAUUAGGCAGUAUAGAAGAGAAGACCGUCCCAUAGUGUACUUGGACGAAACCUGGGCAAAUUCACACAUGGCUCCGGAGAGACUCUGGCUGGAUGAACAGGGACGCGGUGGGUGGAAAAGACCUUCAGGAAAGGGUCAACGCCUUAUCAUACUUCACGCAGGAAGUGAAACGGGGUGGACUCCCAAUGCAGACUUGGUUUUCAGAUCAAAGAAGAACAGCACAGACUACCACGACGAAAUGAACUCAGAGCAUUUCUUGGAGUGGUUCCAGAAGCUGUUAGUCAAUAUACAGCCAGGCUCCGUUAUCGUGCUUGAUAACGCCCCUUACCACAACUCUGUAGUAGAAAAGGUUCCGACAAAAUCAAGCAGAAAAAAAGAAAUGCAAGAGUGGCUUACAAGAAAACGAAUUCCUUUUAGUGACAAAGACCUAAAGAAGGAUUUGUUUGCAAAAAUCCAAUUGUCGGUGCCAAACAGGAAGUUGUACGCUACCAACGAAGCUGCCAAGGCAUGCGGCCACAUUGUCCUCCGAUCUCCUGUCGCACAUUGCGAACUUAACCCCAUAGAGCUGGUCUGGGCUGAUGUCAAACGAUAUCUCAAAGUCCACAACAAAACGUUCAAGCUUGCAGACCUCGAGCAAUUGGUUCCGGAUGCAUUCCAAUCCGUCACACCCGAGAUGUGGGCCAAACACUGCCAGCAUGUGCAGGAAGAGGAAGAGCGCUUCUGGGAGAAGGAUGGACUCCAAGAAGAGAGCGUGGAGGAAUAUAUCAUAGAACUGGGGACAGAGGAUGACGACGAUGAUAUCGAGGUUAGAGACAUAGAAUUCGAAGGUGAAGGAGAAGACUCCGACGGUGAACAAGACGAAUGUGAACCUGUUAUGGACGAGAACGACAGGGAAUUGUUGCGAUCAGACGCUGUUUCAGAUGCGUAGUAGCGUAAUGACAACAUACAGUAAUCGGUU